GCUUGGAGGUGGACAAGUUUCGGCAGCUUCACUCCCGAAGACAUCGACGGGCAGCUUUGCACACACAUCGUAUAUGCCUUCGCUACGCUAGACGCGGAGACAUUUCCCUUAAACAUUGAUGACUCCGUCGACGUUUAUAAAAGUUUUCUCAACAAAGCGACGGAAGUUAGAAAAAGAAACGGUUUUAAGGUGUAUUUUGGUCUAGGUGGAUGGAAUGACUCAAAGGACGACAAGUACAGCAGAUUGGCCAGCAGCUCGCGGUCAAAUAGAAGAAAUUUUGUCGGAUAUAUCAUAAGAAUCAUCGAGCAGAACGGAUUCGACGGUCUGGAUCUUGAUUGGGAGUUUCCGGUAUGUUGGCAGGGCGAUUGUAGCCGCAGUCUUCAGCAGGACAGCGAAAACUUCAUAGGACUUCUCGAAGAUCUCAGUGAGGCGUUCACAUCUCAAGUACUCCUGUUAUCCAUCGCGGUCUCGGCGAGCAAGAUUGUCGUCAACCGGGGCUACACCCGCAUCUCGCUAUUAGUGCGGCACGUGGAUUGGAUCGCCGUUUCGUAUGAUAUGUACUAUAUUUUCAUGACUUUCAGAUAAUAAUGGAACAGACACUUCGUUACGCUUUGUUUAGAGGGAUGAAUGGGAUGCGGAGCCGCCUUUGGAACCUUUAACAAAAAUGUGGCUGCCAGUAUCAUAUGUAAUUACACUGGUUUACAGCCAAAAUGUACAUUCAAUGCCAUUAUUAUUUUCCUGUGUAUUUUGGCCCGUUAAACUCGAAAAUCACAUAGAAAAAUUUUUUAUGGAUUGGUUUUUGAGAUAUGAAUUUUUGGAUUUUUUUUUUUAAUUGCUCAUUACUCCGGUAUUUAUAUCCAUAGAUUUUCUUCAUCAAUAGCUUGUUUUUGUCGUAAAAGUACGACCUAUACGUAAACAAUAAGAAACUGGACAUAAUUUGACGUUUUCUAUUUUUGCAUGGCAAUAAAGUAAAUUUUCUAUUUUUAUUGUAAAAUAUUGUAAAAAUCACCGACAAGUUGCGAAAACUGAGUCCUGGAGAUGCCUUAUAUAACGAAAUUAAAAAGUGGCCCCAUUGGUCACCCAAGCCCUGACCCGAUAACUUAAAAGUUUAACUUAUGAGUGAAAUACUAUGUCUGAAAAUAUUCACAUCCCUUUUUCCUUUAAAUCUGUAAUUGCCGCACUGCAAAUCCAAGUGUGUUAGUUCUAUACGCAUAAACGUCUAAGAAUUACACAUUUGCCUGCAGUUUUUUUUACACACAUUUGGGCAUUUUAAGUUACGUCAUUUAACACCUUUAACCGUAUUAAAUUAAAAGUUAAUACGUUCAAUCGUGUCAAAUAAUUAAUGUGAUUUAAAACGGCAAGAAAUGUGUCAGAAGAGUUUUAGCUAAAUAACACAUUUGCAUUUACAGUGCAUCUAUAUAUCUAUGUCAGUGAGAUAUAAUUCCAACAAGUUCAGAUAACAGUUAACUGAAUAUAUCGCAGGUCUAUUAUUUUCGUUUCAAAUAUAAAAUCUUCUUACACUCGAAUACAGUGAAAUAUAUGACAAAAGAAUUAGUCUCUGCUUUCGUAGCAUCAAUAAAUUUAAUUAGAUCAAGUUAAUUAGUGAAUAAAGGAAAUAAAUGUCAUAUAUAAAUAUAUAAUGAAUGUAGAAGAUAUAAAAGGCAUUGUACUGGUCGAACUUAAUAAUAAAAUUGAUUUGCUGUUAAGUAAAUAUUAAAAUUGAAAAUCACUAUAGAAAUAUAUAACAUGCAUAAUACAGGAUAUAUAUGUAUAAAAGAAAUUUGAAGUGAUCCAUUUUAAAUCAACCACACACAUUCACUAAUGUGUCGAAAUACCAGAUUACUCAUUAUCAGUUCAGUGGUUUGUGUAAAGAAAUAAAGGUGCCAA